UCAAAGAUGGCGGAAGAUGUGAAUCUCCAAGCUUCAGGAUAUGACGAAGAUUUGUGCGAAAAUCCGUUCUUUAAGUACAUGCAAACAAAGCAAAAACAAAUAUACGAGGAAGCAGCUAGCAAAAGAUGGACGAUUUGUGUUCCAAGACAAGGAACUCUACCAAGAGGAAACUUUACCCAGAGCCAUAUUGAAAAUCACAUACUACAACCUGUAAAGGACAAAUCAUCUGUAUUUAAAACUGUGAACAACAAGGAAGUCCAAGUAAGUGGAGAUUUUAUAGUGACAACUGAAGGCUUUCAGGAUGUGAAAUCAGUGCGGGUGCUGUUUGAAGAAACGUUUUUCAAUGGUAACAAUCAGAGCUUUCCAGUGCUGUGUAUCGACCAGCCACUAGAAGGAGGAAUAGGAGGCAGUCUGGAACCAAAAGUAACAUCUCUUGAAUCUUUACAAGCAUGUUGUGAAUUCUUGUGGAGUAGUGCAGGACGCAAACAAUCUCAGAAACAGAUUGAUGAUAUUUUGUUGUUGUUCAACUCAACUUAUGAACAGCUUGAGGUAGAAUCACUAAGGCAUUUGAUGGAUGCAGCUCACGCAAUAUACACACGCGCCAUGCAAGCAGCCCUCAAGAACUCACAGCUUAGGAGACUAACUCUGCAUAAUGGCAACUACAUGGACAACAUCAAACUUGCCAUUGAGACAUAUGUGAUGAAUGAACUUCAUGACCAGCUUUUAAGAGGCAUCAGCUCUAUUUUUGGAAAAGAAGACGCAUUAUUAAAUAAAACCACCAGAAACUUGGCCGAAAUUCAGAUCAAAGAUCUGGGAAUAAAGGAACAGCUACGUACCAAUCUGCCAAGAGGAAAAAGAGCUCUUUCGUUCUUGAAUAGGUACAAAACGCCCCUGGAAAAGUUUCAUUGUCUGAAGAAAACUGUUACCCUAGUGACUGAUAGGAAGAUGAAGACUCCAGAUGAUGCUGCUGAGGCCAUUACAGUGGAUGAUCUCCUUCCAGCCCUAAUCUUUUUAAUCAUCAAAUCUGACAUUCCAAAUUGGCUUGCCAACAUAACCUAUAUGCACAAUUUCCAUUUCUCUAAACGAGGGCACAGUGAGUUCCAAUUCUUUCUGUCUUCAAUCGAAGCAGCUGUGGAACACAUUAGAAGAGGAUCUGUUGAUGAUAUUUUAAAGGGUCUUCCGCCCACUAAGAAGAUAACAUCUCCCCGGCUUGUCAUGGAAACCGAUGUAGCAGGCAAGAUGACAGCUCUUGAGAAACUGUUUGAGUUUGCAUCAAGUGGAAACGAAGAAGAAGUAGAAAAGCUGUUAUUGAGUGGGAGAGAAUCUGCGGAUGGAAAAUUCUGUCACCCUCUGUGUGCUUGUGUUAAAUGCGAAAAGCUACACAGCAGGAAACGCCACGACCCGUUUGCAGUGACAGUCUUCUCCAGAGAUGAUCUGGGACGAACUGUGCUGCAUGUGGCAUCUGAGUACGGACACUGUAACGUGAUGUACAAACUGAUCAAAAGAGGUGCUGUGGUAAAUGCUAUGGACUAUAACGGAACAACAGCCCUGCAUUUGGCUUGUCAGCGGGGACACGGUAGCGCUGCGUUGGUACUGAUGCAUUAUAAAGCUGAUGUAAACGCUCCCGAUAACGAUGGUAAUACGCCUCUACACUUAUGCACAGCGAAUGGACAUGAGAAGUGCACAAAGGCGCUGAUAUUUUUUGACACGCAAUUAAACGUGCUCAAAGUGAAUGCUGCCAAUGAACACGGAGACACGCCUUUGCAUUUGGCAUCUCGUUGGGGAUAUGCUGAACUUGUCCCGCUUUUGCUUGAGAGUGGCGCUUCACUGGAAGCUCGAAACAAAGACAAGGCCACUCCAUUGGACAGCUCCCAUAAUAAACAGGUCACCGAGAUACUCCUUGAAGCACAAACUUCAGCCAGCGAAGAACAAGAACACGCAGCGAUAUCUUAUCCGGAGGAAAGAUCCAACACAGUUGUGGAAAGGCCGCUUAUUCAUUCCGAGGAGUUUCCAAACGCUGUCUCAAAGGAUCAGGAAAAGGCCAAGGAGAUUGACCGAUUUAUACGUUCAAUUGCCGAUGGCGAUGUAGAACUGGUUCGCUAUAAACUUGGUCUGAGUGACGAUGAAGAAGACGAGGUGGACGCGGGCGAGCAGCCUCGUUCUGACCAAGACCUCUGUCAUCCUUUGUGUCAGUGUGACAAGUGCAGCAAGUGGCAGAAGAGAUCACAACAAGCCGCAGAGAGGAUCAUUCAUCCAAAUGUUAAGAAUGGCGAAGGAAACACGCCUCUUCACGUUGCAGCUAUCAGGGGAUACGAAGAAAUGACCAACUUGUUAUUGAGCCGAGGAGCUCAGGCUGAUGCUAAGAAUUACACUCAGAUGCGAGCGCCUUUACAUUUCGCCUGUCAGUACAAUCACCCGAGGGUGGCCGGUCUUCUUUUGAGUUACAAAGCUAAAGUUAACAUCAAAGAUUACAAAGGCAAUACUCCCCUGCAUCUGUGCUGCUUCACUGGAAAUUUGGAUCCUGCUAGCGUCCUCAUAGGGCACGACGCCAACGUGGAUCUCUUAAAUGACCAGGGAAAUACACCACUGCACGUAGCAGCCAGGUUUACUUUUGUCAAACUUGUGAAUUUGUUGCUCGAGAACGAAGCGUCGGUGACGAUAAGGAACAAGAAACAGCUGACGCCUCUACAAUAUGCUCAACGCGAUGACGUCAUACGUGCUCUGGACCAAGCGAGGGGUAUCGGUUUCAAUGCUCGGACGAAGAGACUCAGUUACAGCGGCCACAACUCGCCAUACACACAGGGUAAUAAAGAGUCAAAAUCCGCCCAACUCAAGACCCGAUCCAACUCGAUUCCAGCCCACAUCGGAGAGACCGUUACCAAACAGCCAUUGCCUGUUACCAGUGCUACUGGUCCCACGUCGACCGCGCUGCCUACUAGUGAGCCUGGAGACAUAUCUCUUCCUUCGCACGAUAGACUCAACAAACUGUUUGAGAGACUGGAAAGAGGUGAUGUUGAACGACUUCAAGACAUUGGAAAGGCUGUCAAGUCUUUUGAUAGACAGACUUCACUGAGGAAGACUGCAACGAUUGACAAAAGUUCGCCACUGAUUGAUCAGUACCUUAAACACCAGCUGUCCAUUCAGCAUUUCAAUCGGUCGGCGCUCCGGAAAGUGCUUACACGUGAUCAUAGCCAACCAAUGAUUGAGCAAGAUAAGAAUUACGAAAGAGACGUCAGUAGUGAAGACGAAAAAGAUGAUGCCAGCAAGUGAUAGUCAUGUGUUUACCGCGUGGAGAUCACACACGACGCAAAUUUCACGAGGGACAUAUUUACAGUAAACAAUCAGUCACCCCGAAGUGGAGUUAGAUAUCCACCACGACACGGGUUGUUUAAUUCUUUUAGUAUAUACCGCACAAGAACCAGUAAAGAAAAAUGAUUAGAGGUUAAACUCUUGACGUGCAAGUUUGUCUCUUUGGCUGCUCGUAGGUGAAUAGUACGUGCUAAUCACUUUCCAGCUAGCCAAUCAGCACGCGCGAAAAGAGCUAUUCGCGUACGUGGUAUAUACUAAAAAAGAUAACGAGAAAUGGAACCAGCAUAGAAAUUGGAUUUGUAUUUUAGGCUGGUUCUUUGGUAAAUGGUACCUUGUUAAUGAUUCUUUGAAAGUAAGUGCGUAAAGUUUUUCUCUUUGGGCGAAGCCAAAUGAAGAUUCUCCUUAAGAGAAUCAUAGUUGAUUAUGUUGCUAGCGCUUUAGGAUAAAGCGACGUUGAAUUUGUUGUAAUGCCUUCAAAGAAGAACUCGUAUAAUAUACGAUUUAUGGGACAUAAGAGAGAAAAAAAUCGAUGAGAACCGAAAGAGAGUUUUCAACAUAUGUUCUGAUUUCCUUAACUUCGAAGAGCUUUGUACUUUUGUACUGGAACAACUUUAUGUUAAAAUAAUAAAUCAACCUUUUUUGCC